GCGUUUGUGGCCUGUUUCAAUAAAGUUUUAAUGCAACGACCUUGUCUUGACGUCAGAUACCCAUCCGGGACUUUAUUGCUGAGAGUCAGCGCAGGCGCAGUGUGUCCAACCGCUUCGACCUCCGGCUGCGACAGUCCCCGGCUGCUGCUCUAAAUUUGCAAUAACCGGUUAAAACAGAACAAACUCCAUAAUGUAUGCCUGCGCGAAAUUCGUCUCUACACCCGCCCUGGUCCGUUCUGGAUCCCGGGCUUUGUACAGACCAGUGUCUGCCGCUGUACUGUCUAGGCCAGAGGUCAAAACAGAGACCACUGCUGCUCUCCUGCCCCAGUCUCCCCUCACCCAGGUGUGUCUGCGAGGCUUCCAGACCAGCGCAGUGAGCCGGGACAUCGACACUGCUGCCAAGUUCAUUGGAGCUGGAGCUGCCACUGUUGGAGUGGCUGGAUCUGGUGCUGGAAUCGGAACAGUGUUCGGCAGUCUUAUCAUUGGAUAUGCUAGGAACCCGUCUCUGAAGCAGCAGCUCUUCUCGUAUGCUAUUCUGGGGUUUGCUCUGUCUGAAGCCAUGGGGCUUUUCUGUUUGAUGGUUGCUUUCCUCAUCCUGUUCGCCAUGUAAAAAAACAGAAACUGGUAACAGUGGAAACAUAUGCUGUACUCAAUUGUGACUUAACCGUUGCUACCGAAAGUGUCUGCUCUUAAUGUCCAUGUAGUGCAUUUUGAAGUUCACUGUCAAAAUGAUAUUGUAUUAUACAACUGUAAUCAGUUACAAAAUUAAAAUAAGUAUUUGAACUAUUUAAAGGCCAACUAUAAUUUUUGUACUUUGGCAAUCAUGUCUCUCCACCCUGUUAUUGGAUGACAAUGGCAGCAGUUCCAGCAGUGCUCACCAGAAUGUCAACCUUGAAGAUUCACAGCAGAACUUAGAGCCAGAUAGCACUUUCUGUACAUCACAAUUGGGGAAAGUGUAUUUGUUUUGGGUCCACUCAUUUUCAGGGUCUGAACUAUUGGUGGAAAGUGAAAAUGUAAGUAGGUUGCAACUGGUUAAAAGCCAAUAAACCUUUUGCUUUUGUAAAUUGCAUUAAAUAAAUAUAGAUUUGUGUUUACUGGA